AUAACGGGUCCGCAUCAACAGGCAGAAUAAAGGAGGGCUUUAUUCCUCUUCGGUUGGAUUAUAACGGUAUUGACACAUGCUACAGUAAUCCACUUUUAUAAUAAUAGCGCGUUUUCUAGCGUUUUGUCGUUUUGAACGAGUUGGUUCCCAUUUUAUCUGAAAUUAACCUUCUUUCUAUGGUUGUCAAAGUGUAUCUUGAUGCAACAUAGUGAAUUGACGCCCAAGAGGAAUCAAGUUAUUUAACGAUUUUCGACACAAAGCAGAAUAUUUGAUUACGGACAUGUAAGCAUUUCACCGUAAGGUCUACCUACACCUGUUAUAUUCGGCGCAUGUGACAAAUACAAAUGGAUUUGAUUUGAUAUGAGGAACAAGCGAAGAGAGGGAGAAUCGAACAGCCUGCUACUUUCCCCAGCGGAAAUGAGCUCAGUCGGGUUUUUCCAUCUUUUAGAACAUGACGGGUUUCAGCCACUACUUGCUGCCGGUGGAACCCUGAAGGUUCUCAUUCCACAACCAAAAUCUUUUGAUUCGGAUGGAAUGCCAAAGUAACUCAAAUGGACUACAACUACACGGACCGCAGCGACGCGCAACAUAAUCAUCAUCACUGCGAAGGAGGCAUGGAAGGUGGCUUGGGCACACCCACGUCAUCAGCUGGCAGCUCCACCUGCAAGAGGCUCCAGCAGCACCGGCGCCCAGAGUACCUGAGGACAGAGUUACACAGGCUACAGAGCACCCUGGCUCGGGAGGAGGGGAGGACAGCCUGCCUGACCAACGGAGCAUCUGGAUGUCAUGGGAUGAACAGGCAGAACGGUCACAGUGAUGUCAUAAAGACGAGCAACACCCUGAGACUACAUGUACCACCAGCUGGCUCAUGUGUCUCAGUCAGCCAGCAGCUCUCUCCUCUGGAGACAUCCAGCUCAGAAGGAUACAAACUAUCCCUAAGUUACCAAAACAACCAUUUAAUUUCCUCCUCUACCACUCUUCCUCAGAUUGACUUCAUGUUGACCCCAGGGUCAAUCCCCCUACAGCCCUGCCUCUUGAGACCUAACCCCAGGUCUAGUUCUGCUGCCUCUGCAACUCAGUUCUGCCCUCCUAACUCCAGGACCUGUCCCUCUGGUUCCACUGGCUCCAGGUCACCCCAGUCCCCCCGGCCAACCUGCCACUCCAGGCCACCUCCUUCAGGGGACACUCCCUUCAGCUCCUCUUUCAGUUUCAUCCAACAGUCACUGAGCCUUGAUUCACUGAGCUCCAAUCACAGGACAGAUACAGACACUGCAGCUGGUGAGAGGCCCCCUGGCCUAAACCCAGACCCACAACCACUGAACAGCUCCCCUGGCCUAAACCCAGACCCACAACCACUGAACAGGCCCCCUGGCCUAAACCAAGACCCACAACCACUGAACAGCUCCCCUGGCCUAAACCCAGACCCACAACCACUGAACAGCUCCCUUGACCUAAACCCAGACCCACAACCACUGAACAGCUCCACGAGUCUAGACCCAGACCCGCUGGAUCAGUCCUCAGCUAGGUCAUUAAGAACUGGAUCAGUCCCAUCCCACUCAGAACCACUGGAGUGGUCUGGGUCUGUCCCACUCUGCCAACCUGUAUCAUCCCCCCUUGACCAAUUACCAUCCAGGACAUCUGGCUCCAGCUCCAACCAAUCACGACUAGGAGUUUUGGGUCUCUCUUUGGGGCUUUCUGUUUCAAAACUGUCAACUCCGAGUCGUGUCCAAUCAGAGCCAGGCUCCGUCCCUCUCCGCCAGUCAGACAGAGUACGGGACCGGCUCUCACCUUGGGUGUGGCAGGACCGCCACUGGGAAGACCGGGAGGGGGCGGGACCACAUCUGCGGGUGGAGUUACCCUCCUCUGACCUGGCGGAGGUGGAGCCUGACUGUGACUCCUCCUCUCUGGACACAGAAGCCUCCUCCUCCCUGUCAGUAGCGGAGGACUCUGACGCUGCCACACCCUCCUCCCUCACCUCAGGGUACGAGAGUGCCACGCCCACUACCGUCUCUGCCUCCUCUCUCACCUCAGGGUACGAGAGUGCCACGCCCACUACCGUCUCUGCCUCCUCUCUCACCUCAGGGUACGAGAGUGCCACGCCCACUACCGCCUCUGCCUCCUCUCUCACCUCAGGGUACGAGAGUGCCACGCCCACUACCGCCUCUGCCUGGAAUGACUGCGUUCCAGACCAGGACCAGGCCUGGGACCAACUGGUCAAGAAGUACGAAGGUGUCCUUCAAGAUUGCCUGCACAACAACCGUACUAAUACUAAGAUUGAGUCCAUGAUGGGGAAGCUGCAGAGACUAAAGCAGAAGGCUAUCCUGGAGGAUGAGUAUGACUCAGCUGAGCGCUUUGGUAAGAAGCUGGAGGAGCUGUGUAGAGAGAGGAGCUCACUGAGGCUGGGUCUCCCCUCCAGACAGCCCAGUGUGGCUCUGUUCCUCCAGAGACUCAGAAAGGCAGUACACAGCGCCCUCGCCAGGAUGGAGGACCAUAGGGAAGAGGUGGAGAGUGAUGGAGGGGAAGUGGCUGAUGCUGUCCAGGGUCCACUGCAAAGGAGAGAGUUUUUUCUGCAGGAGAAACGCAUGGUGGAGGCGGAGAUGGCAGAGCUGCAGUGGAGGCUCGGAGAGCUGCAGUCUCGGAGUUGCAGCCUGGAACAGCAGAUCCAGCAGGAAGAGGAGGAGCUACAGACUGAGGAGGUUGAAGGACCCGCCCUGCGCAGCUGUAGCCACACCCAGCUCAGAGACAUGGGCAAUGCCAUCAAUGACCUGGUAACAUCACAGAGCAGGACCAGGAUUUGUGUCUCUCCCCCUGAAGCCAUACUCAGACUCCAGGAUCAGGAGCAAUCACUGAGUCUGUCCAUUAAAGAUGCUACGGCAAAAGUAGUGAUGAGUCAGAGGUUGGGAGGAAGUCUGAGAAGGAAAGUCAGUGAGACAGAGACUCAACUCCUGGCUCUCCACGAAGCCAAGCUAGCCGCCAUCUCAGGUAAUGCCUUCAGCAGUGCUAAGGAGCUGAAGGCAGAGAUCAGAGCUGUCUACGGAGAAAGAGACAGGCUGGAGCUGCUAGUGAAGAGACUCCACAGCCUGAGUUUUGUUAACAGCCAGGAUUUGGCCAAGAUGAAGACACAACAACAACAGCUGAAACUGGAGCUGGAGGCCAGACAGGCCCAGCACGAAGUGACUCUGAAAGAGAAUGUUGUCAAGUACAUCGAGUUACUGGAAGACAGACUGCACAGCAUAUCUGGGAGGCUGAUCUAGAAGCCUGUCACCUCCUCCUCCGAGGCAUCCAGCUGCGUACCCCCUUCUGUGGUGGUGCGGACCCUGCCACAGUGGUACUACCCAACCCCCAACCAGCCA